UCAAGAGGGUGUCACCAGGGCUAUCUAAAUCUAUAUCUGUUAUGUCAUACGAUAUCAUAUUCAACACGCUGGGGACAGGGAACAUUUCUUGGACCAGAUAAGUACAUGGUGGAUUCUACGUUCAAGAGGACGACUCUCUUCUUACAUGUUCUAGAUUGGUCCUCUACACUAAGACAACAUGAAGGAAUAUGUGCUCCUACUGUUCGUGGCUUUGUGCUCUGCCAAACCCUUCUUGAGCCCCUCACACAUGAGAUUAAAGAAUAUGAUGCUGAAGGAUAUGGAAGACGCAGAUGAUGACGACGAUGACAAUGCCAAUUCUCUUUUUCCAACAAGAGAACCAGUUAAUCCUUUCUUCCCAUUUGAUAUGUUUCCAACAUGCCCAUUUGGAUGUCAGUGCUACUCGAGAGUUGUCCACUGUUCUGAUCUAGGUUUAACCUCCGUUCCCAACAGCAUUCCAUUUGAUACUCGAAUGCUAGACCUUCAAAACAAUAAAAUUAAGGAAAUCAAAGAAAAUGACUUUAAAGGACUCACUUCACUUUAUGGUCUGAUUCUCAACAACAACAAGCUAACAAAGAUUCACCCCAAAGCCUUUCUAACUACAAAAAAGUUACGAAGGCUAUAUUUGUCCCACAAUCAACUAAGUGAAAUACCACUUAAUCUUCCCAAGUCAUUAGCAGAACUCAGAAUUCAUGAUAACAAAGUUAAGAAAAUACAGAAGGAGACAUUCAAAGGAAUGAAUGCUUUACAUGUUCUGGAAAUGAGUGCAAAUCCUCUUGAUAAUAAUGGAAUAGAACCAGGGGCAUUUGAAGGAGUGACAGUGUUCCAUAUCAGAAUUGCAGAAGCAAAACUGACCUCAAUUCCUAAAGAUCUACCAUCGACUUUGUUGGAACUUCACUUAGAUUAUAACAAAAUUUCAACUGUGGAACUCGAGGAUUUUAAACGAUACAAAGAUCUGCAAAGGGUGGGCCUAGGAAACAACAAAAUCACAGACAUUGAAAACGGAAGUCUUGCUAACAUACCACGUGUAAGAGAAAUUCAUUUGGAAAACAAUAAACUUAAAAAAGUCCCUUCAGGAUUACAGGAGUUGAAAUACCUCCAGAUCAUCUUCCUUCAUUCUAAUUCAAUUACGAAAGUGGGAGUGAAUGACUUCUGCCCAACAGUGCCAAAGAUGAAGAAAUCUUUAUACAGUGCAAUAAGUUUAUUCAACAACCCGGUCAAGUACUGGGAAGUACAACCUGCAGCAUUUCGUUGUGUUUUAAGCAGAAUGAGUGUUCAGCUUGCGAAUUUCAGAAAGUAAUAACUGGUAAUGUCCAUUUAAUAUAGAAGUUAAAAACUGUUACAUUUUGAAUACUUGAACUCUAUUAAUAAUGGUGGUAUUAUUUACAUAUACGUAAGCAAAAAUCUAUCUCCAAAUGCUAAGGUUGUGAAUUAGGUAGAUAAUGUGGUAAGUCCAUUGACUUAUUUUAUGACAAAAAAUUUCAGCGGAAUUUUGCAAAACUAUCGAUACAUCAGGAUUACAAGAAAUAAGCAUCUGUUGAAGUUUCCCUUUGUAUACAUACAACUUUGCAUAAAUCCCAUGCUUAAAUAUUCCUUUCUCAUUAAGAAAAAUUAAAACCUUCAGUAUUUAACACUUUGUUAUCAAGCGUAUUUUAAAAUGAAGUGUACUGUAAAUGGAAUGCUUGACUCGGCAAAAUUUGUGCUCCUUCAUUUUACAAUUAGAAAAACAAAACUGACAAGGACAGUUAUAUGAAGAGUACAUUUUACUAUUCUUAUUGUUUCUUUAAUAACUCAAGUAGUACUGUAAUAUUUCUCAUGAUGUUGAAAUGUGUUUUAUAUAAUCAUAUUCAAAUUCUCACAUUCUUAGAGGCUUACUAUCUUUAACUUUAAAACUAAUUUCUAUAAUAAAGCCUUCAAUAAGUGCUUAUUACCAGCUUUACAGAUGCUAUUCCUAAGAGCUGGUUUUUGGACUAUAGCAUAUGUUUUUCUUUUUUAAUUAUUAUUACCUGAUUAUAAACCUUUGUAUAAAUGUGUAGUGAGUGUUUAUAUAAAAUCUGAAACUCACAUUUUUUAAUACAGUUAUCAUAAGCUUUUAAUGACAUGUCAGUUGUUAAGAUUAUAUAACACUGUAACCUCAUCACUAAGUAUUAUUUUUGAAAUGUCUCUUUGUAAGACUUUGGAUUGAAGAACCUGAACACUUUCAAUUCUAUACCCAAUUUUUUCCUCAAAGAUGCACAAACUGGAUAACUGAGAAACACAACUGGUAUGACAGAAUAGGAAGAGCAUUAAGUAAAACAUACAAAAACUGAAAGCUCUGUAUUCAAAUUAAGAGUACUUUAUGUAUUUUUAUUGCAGUUUAACGUAAGUUAAGUAAAAUAAGAAAAUAAGGAAAACGUCAUUAAAAAUAUUGGUUUGAAAUUA